UGAAUCGGCCUGUGAACGUGAGAAAAGAUGCGCCAAAACUCCGCAUCUGCUUCGCUGAAUUUGAGGAGAGUCAACUUACUUCUUUGGUUUUUGAACUGGCGCUGCUGUCGCCUGCGUUCUGUUUUCUUCAGAAGAGUUUCAGCAGAGAGGUCUGGAGUGCCCUUUGCACCAGGGUGUGUCCCAGAGAGCCAGUUUUGUUUGUCUCGAACUGCAUCCGGAGAAAGAGAAUUUCUCUGCGUUGGCGGAAGUUCACCUUUUUGAAGGAGGUUUUCGACGCGAACUUGGACCCCUAUCAGCGUCUGUUAAUUUCUAUUUAUUCACCGUCCUCAGUUGUCAAUCCGUGAUUGUGGUGAUCGGUUCGCCCUGCACGAGCUAUCGUUUUUCCGCAGAUGACAAUUGAUUUUUCUCCAGAAGCCUUUCAAAGUCAAUUUGCCCAGGAAGGGUGGUUUUCGACGGCACGUCGGCUUUAUAAUUCUACUGAUAGCUUCCCUGUCUACCUGAAACUGUGUAGCCUUUGUCAAUUGUGCCGGUGCUUUCCAAUCUGUUUUUCCUUCCCCUCUCACCAGAGAGGUCGCAGCGCCGCCUCAGAUUUUCUGCCAGUCACACUUCGUUUCCUGAGUCACUGGCGGUUUUAAACUUGCGGGUGCAUGCACUGAAAAUCGAGUGUUCGUUCACAUGCUCGCGCUUUCUCUCUCGCUCCGCGGUACGUCCGUUCGCCAAAGAACGCAGAGACACGAGAGAGAAACGAGAGGCGUCGAGAGGAAAGAGAGGAAAACGGACAAGGGGAGACCACAGUAACGCCGAGUGAGCAGGCGUUUUCCAGCUGUCUAGGGAACUGGAGCAACUGAGUUGCAGGAAGCAAUAACAUGCCGAACAGGCAAACAAGACUGAACGCCUAAAAACGUGAACGGACUGUCAUUGACAAUGCGUCUCGAGAUAGAACUAUUCCAGUCUCGGUCUUCAACCAAGAAGCCAUGCACGAGGUUCGUCCGCCUCGGGGAAACUGAAAGAAGGAGGAAAGCCGUGGAGCGCGAGCAUUUCGUUUGGACUGAAGAAACGCACCAGCGUCUCGGGCGGGAGAAUGUCGUGGAGCUCCCAUCCCUUGUUCCGCUUCUUGGGCGGAAGAAAAGACGAGACGGAAGCGCGGGCAAGGAAGACGAAAGCGAGUUCGAAUCCCUCAGAGUCUCUAAAACGCGACUGCGUCCCUUGGUCUUCCUUUCCUUCCGGUUUUUCGCCUUUCCCUGCUUUCUGAGACUCGGCGGACCCAUCCCCCACCUCCUUCCCGUCACCCGAUCUGUCGCCAUUCUUCUCUGUCUUUACUAAGUUUGGAGACAUCUCCCUUCGAGCGCUCCGCGCGCUCCCUGCGUCGGCACAAGUCCGAGUCUUGCACCGGUCGCCGCGACUGUUGCUGCCCUCGUCCUUGGCCUCGGCC